AUGAAAGCGUAUCGCAUCCCAUGGUCUGAGAGCUUAUUGAUCUCAGGCUACUUUCUCUUAGGUGACAGUCUAAACACAACUGUCACAGUGCUUGCUACGCUCCAGAACGAGCUUGCUGGUUACGAUCCGAUAACCCUGACUUAUUUGUUACUUGUCGGCAUUGGCACGCAAGCGAUGGGCAUUUACGGCUUCUGGACCAUACAGAAACGCUUUCGUUUGAGCACCAAGACGAGCACUUGGACUCAACGCUUUGGGUUUCACCAUCUAUGGGAGAUGUAUUUAUAUCAAGCAAUAUACGGGCUUUUCGUGUGCCCUGUAAGUAAUGCGAAGGACAAUAAGAGGAUGCAACAACGCUGA